AUGUUAACUCCAGAGUCACGCUCCAGAACCGGUUCCAAUGGGACAACAACAUUCACCCCCCUCACACCACCUCAACGAGCUUUGUCGGACGAACUCAUAUCUCAUUUCAUUACGUUUGCUGCAUCUGGGAGUCCAAACGUCCCUGCCUCAUCAAAUGGCCCUACUUCUGGAUUUGCUUCCAAGGUUAACUUGAACAACGCGGUUGGUGAACCAAAGGUCUGGCCAGAUUACACCUCUGGUAAGCGCCUCGUAUUUCGUGCCGAGGGAAGCGGAACGGGCACGAAUAAGGGGACAGAAGGGGGAUCCUAUAUUGAAGAGUUGAAUGGAGCCGAGAUUCAGCGAUGCAAAACUUGGGAAACACUAGCGACCACUAUUCAGGUGUGA